AUGUGGCUCAGUGAGCAUCCAGGACUAACACCAAGCUGGCAUGAUCAGAAGAAGAAGCGAUCGCUGGAACAAUGGCUUUAUUCGCCUGACGUUUCGGAUUCUCUCUUGAAUCCAUCAUCAGAGACAGUUGCAGAAAUCGAGACCGUCCACCUACUCCUACGAAACAAAUACGAUGAAACGGAGAAUCGUCUCGGACAUGCCCAAGUCCUUCAGCUCCUAAAGUUCUGUCUCAGGACGUACUUCACGUUUGACGGAACAAUCUACGAGCAAGUGAAGGGAACACCAAUGGGCUCGCCAAUUUCGGGAUUCAUCGCCGAGGCGGUGCUACAGCGGUUGGAGUCGCUGGUCUUCCAACACCACAGACCGAAAUUCUGGGCUCGGUAUGUGGACGAUACCUUCGUCGUCAUCGAACGGGAUCAGGUGCUAUCGUUCAAAGAACGUCUCAACAGCGUGUUCCCGGACAUACAAUUCACGAUGGAGGAGGAAGAGAAUAACCAGCUGGCAUUCCUUGAUGUCCUCGUCUGUCGCAAAGAUUGUGGUGGCCUAAAGACCAAAGUGUUCAGAAAAGCAACGAACGCGACGCAAAUUCUGAACUUCAACAGUAACCACCCAAUCUGCCACAAACGCAGUUGCGUAAGAACGCUAUUUCGGCGUGUUGAGACGCACUGCAGUGAACCGGAAGACAAGGUUGCCGAAUCCCAAUAUCUUCAACAGGUUUUCCGAGAAAACGGUUACCCGCGCAACUUCGUCAACCAGUGCCUGCGCAAACGAGACGAGCGACAAAAUCGCGCCGACCCCAAAUUCUGGCGAGCGAUCCCGUACAUCAAGAACGUCUCCGAGGCCGUUAGCCGCCUUCUUGCACCACUUGGGGUUGGAGUUGCGCACAGACCGGAGGCCACCAUGAGGCGUCAAGUGAUGUGA